UUGUGCUUGCAAUUGCCGGAGCAAGAAAUUUGUUGUAGUCGAAUUAUGGAGUCUUCAGAAUGUUCUUACGAUAAUAAGAAGUGCGUGUGGUCUGGUCCGAAGUCACCGUUGUUCCACGAUUUUAAUUGCUCCGUGGGCGAUAUUAUUUAUAGAAAUUUGAAGAAUUAUCCAAGCAAAGUUUGCCAAGUGUCGGAUAUUGACGGCCGCGAAGUUACCAAUCGUGAACUACUAACCUGGUCUACACGUCUGGCGCUACAUUUCAAGAAAAUGGGUCUACGACACGAUGAUGUCAUCGGCAUUGUGGCAAAAAACACCACCUAUACAAGCUCUGUUGCGGUCGGCUGCUUUAUGAACUGUACGCCAUUCCAUGCCGUAAACUCGGGUUUGGAUAAAGAUACAAUCUGUCAUGUCUUCCAAAUCACUAAACCGAAAAUAAUUUUUUGUGAUGGCGAAUAUUAUGAGAAAUUACACGAAGCCACUCGUUUGUUAAAUCCAUUAUUCUACACGCUUACUGGACAUAUUGAGGGCGUUGCCACAGUCGAAGACUUGUUGAGUCCUAUGCCAAAUGAAGAUCAUUAUAAGCCUGAGCCCUUCGUGUUGGGCGGUGAGCAGACGGUAGCAAUACUUUGUUCAUCUGGCACAACGGGUGUACCCAAGUGUGUAUGUGUGUCAAGACAUACCUUGAACAUGGAUGAAUUAUGUGUAACCAGCGAAGAUGUCAUCUUCUCGAACAGCGGUUUGGAUUGGAUAUCAGGUGUUAACUUCACGUUACUCUCUGCGACCAGGAGUUGUAAACGGGUAAUUACCAAUAAACCCUACACCCCAGAAUAUAUGAUUGCGUUGGUGAAGAAACACAAAAUCUCUUUCGUAUUUGGUGCACCACGUCAUGUUUCCGCUUUGGUCGCUUGCCCAGCUGCCACCAUAGAUAACUUGCACUCCGUUCAGUCUUUCUUAACUGGGGGUGGCUCCAUUAGUCAAUCGACUAUGCUACAACUGAGAGGUUUACUUAAAAACGGCAAAGUAAUUUAUGCUUAUGGCUGUACCGAAUCGGGCUUUAUAUCGUUGAACUCGGAUGAUAAAUAUCCCACCUCUGUAGGAAAAUUAAGUUAUGGCGUUAAGGCACGUAUUGUUGACGAUGAGGGMAAUAAUUUGCCACGGAACGAAGUUGGUGAGAUUYURGUGAAYAAKGGACAUAUUUGGAGUGGWUAUUAUGGWAAUCCAAUUGAGACGAAACGUGURCAAGAUUCAGAUGGCUGGUUACAUACUGGGGAUCUCGGUUAUUUCGAUGAUAAUCAUUUGCUUUAUAUAGUCGAUCGCAAAAAGGAUAUAAUGAAAUAUGAGGGAAUGCAAUAUUGGCCAGGCGAAAUAGAGCGGGUGAUCAACGAAUUGCCGCAGGUGGGGGAUGUGUGCGUUGUUGGUGUGUAUGACGAGAGGCAUGGAGAUGCGGCCGGUGCAAUAGUGGUGCUUCGCCAAGGUGCYSAACUUACGAUAGGGCAAGUAAAGGAUCAUGUCAGAAAACGCUUACCAGUAGAUUAUAAACAACUGCAUGCUGGAGUAAUUUUCAUCGAUCGCCUGCCGCAAAAUGCCAAUGGAAAGACACUCAAACGAGAGGCGAGAGGUUUAUUUGAAGUAAAGUGAAAUUAUGAGGAUGUUAAGAGAUAUACCUAUAUAGGUAACAUUUCAAUAAAAUUAUAGAUAUAAAGAAAAUAUAUAUUCUAUAUGCAUAUCAGAAUGAGUAGUUUAAUAAAGAUUUUGGUGGAUAUACUAUAUAUAUUUAUGUAGGAUUA